UGCUGUUCUUGUUGUCGAUCUUAUAAAGCCUCCUCCCCAUCCAUCGCCUCCACCGCCUCAUCGUCUUGCCUCCAAACCCUAAGCUAUCCGACCGGAAGGACGGAUCAACCGACUACCAAGCCCGGAUUUCGAUCGAUCUCUCCCUUCCGCUCCAGUUCCGAUCCCUAGCGUGUUGCUCUAUAUGCUUCCAAGAAAGAGAUCUGUGGGAGCUGUGGUUGAAGAGGACCGGGAACCGAUAGCAGAAGAGGCGGUGCAGAAGAAGGCUAAAAGGGACUGCUCGGUCUCUUCCGAGGUGGCGGGGUCGUCGGCGAUGGAAGAGGAGAAUAACCGAGCCAAUGGCACGGAGGUCGAUGCUAAUGGGAACAGGAAGCGGUCGGAGAUUGAUGAGGACUUGCACAGCCGGCAGCUGGCUGUGUAUGGAAGGGAGACAAUGCGUAGACUCGUUGCAUCAAAUGUUCUCAUUUCUGGACUUCAGGGCCUAGGAGCUGAGAUAGCAAAGAAUCUUGUUCUUGCAGGCGUCAAAUCUAUUACCUUGCAUGAUGAGGGGGAUGUAGAACUUUGGGACUUGUCCAGCAAUUUCUUUUUCUCAGAAGAUGAUAUUGGUAAGAACAGAGCUCUUGCUUGUGUUCUGAAGCUGCAAGAGCUGAACAAUGCUGUUACAGUUUCGACUUUGACUGGAACUUUGUCAAAGGAGCAGCUUUCUUGUUUCCAGGCUGUUGUUUUUACUGACUUGAGCUUGGAGAAGGCAAUUGAGUUUGAUGACCAUUGUCAUAACCACCAGCCUUCAAUUCCCUUCAUUAGAUGUGAAGUUCGAGGACUUUUUGGCAGUGUGUUCUGUGAUUUUGGUCCAGAGUUCACUGUUUUCGAUCUUGAUGGUGAGGAGCCACAUACCGGUAUAAUUGCAUCCAUCAGUAGUGACAAUCCUGCACUUGUAUCAUGUGUUGACGAUGAGCGGCUGGAGUUCCAGGAUGGGGAUCUCGUUGUCUUCUCCGAAGUCCAGGGGAUGACAGAACUUAAUGAUGGGAAGCCAAGAAAAAUUAAGAGUGCCAGGCCAUAUUCUUUUAUUCUUGAUGAAGACACUACCCAGUUUGGUGCAUACAAGAAAGGUGGAAUUGUUACUCAGAUAAAGGAACCUAAGGUUCUAAGAUUUAGAACUUUAAGGGAGGCUCUUGUAGAAUCAGGAGACUUCCUUUUAAGUGACUUCUCCAAGUUUGGCCAUCCACCUCUAUUGCACUUGGCUUUUCAAGCCUUAGACAAGUUUAGAUAUGAAAUGGGUCGUUUUCCUGUUGCUGGGUCAGAGGAUGAUGCUCAAAAGCUAAUAUCCUUAGUUAUUAGCAUCAAUGAGAGCCUUGGUGAUGGUAAGCUAGAAGAAGUUGACAAGAAACUUCUACACCAUUUCGCUAAUGGUUGCAAAGCCAUUUUGAAUCCUAUGGCUGCGAUGUUUGGUGGGAUUGUUGGGCAAGAGGUGGUUAAAGCUUGCUCUGGAAAGUUCCAUCCGCUUUUUCAGUUCUUUUACUUUGAUUCAGUUGAGUCCCUUCCUGCUGAACCAUUGGAACCUAGUGAUCUUAAGCCUCUGAAUUGUCGAUAUGAUGCUCAAAUCUCUGUGUUUGGAUCCAAGCUUCAAAAGAAGAUAGAAGAGGCUAAAGUAUUUAUUGUAGGAUCCGGUGCUCUUGGGUGUGAAUUCUUGAAGAACUUGGCACUGAUGGGGGUUUGUUGUGGGCAGAAGGGCAAACUAAAUAUAACCGAUGAUGAUGUCAUUGAAAAGAGUAAUCUCAGUCGCCAAUUUCUCUUCCGUGACUGGAAUAUUGGGCAAGCUAAAUCCACUGUGGCUGCUUCUGCUGCAGUUUCAAUCAACCCUGGUCUUCAUAUUGAGGCUUUUCAGAAUAGAGCAAGUCCAGAUACAGAAAAUGUGUUUGAUGAUGCAUUUUGGGAGAGCACAGAUGUUGUUAUUAAUGCAUUGGACAAUGUGACUGCGAGAAUGUACAUUGAUGCCCGGUGCGUGUACUUCCAAAAGCCACUUUUGGAGUCUGGAACUUUAGGUGCAAAGUGUAACACACAGAUGGUCAUUCCUCAUUUGACUGAGAAUUAUGGUGCUUCUAGAGAUCCACCUGAGAAACAGGCACCUAUGUGCACUGUUCAUUCCUUCCCUCAUAAUAUUGAUCACUGUCUAACAUGGGCCCGGUCUGAGUUUGAGGGCUUGCUUGAGAAGACACCAAAUGAAGUAAAUGCUUUCCUGUCUAACCCAAGUGCAUAUGCAUCUGCCUUGAAAAGCCAAGGUGAUGCCCAGGCCAGGGAUCUACUUGACCGUGUUCUUGAAUGCCUUGAUAAGGAUAGAUGUGAGACAUUCCAAGACUGUAUUAACUGGGCUCGUCUAAGGUUUGAAGAUUACUUCUCCAAUCGUGUGAAGCAGUUAACUUUCACAUUCCCUGAGGAUGCAAUCACCAGCACUGGUGUACCUUUUUGGUCUGCUCCCAAACGUUUCCCACGACCAUUAGAGUUUUCAUCUGGCGACCUCGGUCACCUUCACUUUGUUAUGGCUGCUUCGAUGCUAAGAGCAGAGACAUUUGGAAUUCCUAUUCCUGGUUGGUCGAAAUAUCCAAAGAAAUUAGCUGAUGCUGUUGACAAGGUUAUAGUGCCUGAAUUUCAGCCUAAGACAGGAGUUAAUAUCGUAACAGAUGAGAAAGCUACUAGUUUAUCCUCUGUUUCUGUUGAUGAUGCUGCUGUCAUCAAUGAUCUUCUUGCAAAGCUGGAGGAGUGUGCCAAGAAGCUGCCUCCAGGAUUUCGGAUGAACCCAGUUCAGUUUGAAAAGGACGAUGACACAAAUUACCACAUGGAUUUAAUUGCUGGGCUAGCCAACAUGCGCGCAAGGAACUACAGCAUCCCAGAAGUUGACAAGCUCAAAGCAAAGUUUAUAGCUGGAAGGAUCAUCCCAGCCAUCGCCACUGCCACGGCAAUGGCCACAGGUUUGGUGUGCCUAGAGCUUUACAAAGUGCUUGCCGGCGGACAUAAGGUGGAAGACUACCGAAACACCUUUGCGAACUUGGCGCUUCCUUUAUUCUCCAUGGCGGAGCCAGUUCCACCGAACGUGAUGAAGCACCGAGACAUGAGCUGGACAAUCUGGGAUCGGUGGAUCGUUAAGGGUGAUCUCACCCUUAGGGAGCUCCUUCGGUGGCUCAAGGACAAAGGACUAAAUGCCUAUAGCAUCUCCAGUGGUACUUCUUUACUAUACAACAGCAUGUUUCCCAGGCACAAUAAUCGGAUGGACAGGAAGGUGGUUGAUCUGAUAAAGGAGGUUGCCAAGGUUGAGGUGCCCCCUUAUAGGCGUCAUGUGGAUGUUGUCGUGGCUUGUGAGGAUGACAAAGAUGGCGAUGAUGUCGACAUUCCGCUGGUAUCCAUUUACUUCCGAUAGUCACAUUUGAGAUCAAAGGACUUGUUAAAGGUCUAUUGAUCACUUAGCCUGCAGAAGAUUAAAGAAAGAUCACUGGGUUUCUAAGAUUUUGGGUGUACUGAAAAAAAAAAGAAGAAAGCAUGAUGGGUUGCACAGUAGUAUCCUCAGCUGCUCAUGUAUUCCUGUUAUUAUCCUUAGAGCUAGAGAGUCAUGUAGGUGCUGUUGCUCGUCUAACCUUUUGUUGAGCCGUCAUACAGUAGAUUGUGUUUUUGUUCUCCGUAUGCCGUUCCUCAAACAAAGCACCGGUUUAUAUUCACAAAGAUCUGCAGUUAUAUAUGUUUGGCAGAUUCAGUUAUUUUGAUAUAUUUGCCGAUUCAUCCUUUCGUUCCA